CUGCGAGGUGCUGGCGGCCAGUGCCGGCAGAGCCAGAGCGCAGCCCAGCCGGAGGCGAGCGGCUGGCGACACCAUGGCGUGCGCAGGGCUGCUCACCGUGUGCCUGCUGCGGCCGCCCACCGCCCGGGCCCCACGAACGCCCGCGGCAGACGCUGGGCCCGCUGGACACGCUCUCUUCCAGGACGUGUUCCGCAGAGCAGACAAGAAUGACGAUGGGAAGCUCUCGUUUGAGGAAUUCCAGAAUUACUUUGCCGAUGGUGUCCUCAGCCCAGGGGAGCUGUGGGAAUUGUUCAGUGGCAUUGAUGGGUGUCCCAAUGACAACCUGGAAACAGAGAAACUGUGUGACUACUUCUCGGGACAUCUGGGAGUCUACCAGCCUGUGCUGGCCGCACUGGAGGCGCUGAACCGCGCAGUGCUCACUGCCAUGGACACCACCAAGCUGGAGUAUGAGCGGGCCUCUAAGGUGGACCAGUUCAUGACACGCUUCUUGCUGCGGGAGACUGUGAGCCAGUUGCAAGCGCUGCAGAGCUCGCUGGAGGGGGCAGCAGACACCCUGGAGGCCCAGGCCCUCAGCCUGCGGUCAGAUGAAGACAGCAGUCCAGUGCAGAGCAGGCCGCGUGGUAACCGGCGGGCAGGGCGCCGGGCCCUGAGGAUGGUCACUCGGUCACCCACCUGGUCUCCUGGCUCCAAUGACACAGGGCGGAGCUCCGAGGCCGAGGCACAGUGGCGACUCCAGGUUAGCCGUCUCCAGGAGCUCAUCAACCAGCUUGAGAUCAAGGUCCCCCGGCUAGAACCCCUGCAGGAAGAGGACUCGGCCAAGGAGCCCGACUCGCAUAUCCUGGUGGCCCAGCGGCAGGUGCAGGUGGCUGAAGAGGCCCUGCAGGACUUCCACCGAGCCCUGGGCUGCUACAUGGACUUCACAGGGGCCCAGAGCCACUGUCUGCACGUGUCUGCCCAGAAGACGCUUGACAAGGCCUCCUUCACCCUGUACGAGUUCUGGCAGGAUGAAGCCUCCUGGAGAAGGCACCAGCAGUCGCCCUGCAGCAAGGCCUUCCAGCGCAUCCUCAUCGACCACCUGCGGGCUCCGGACACCCUCACCACCGUGUUCUUCCCAGCCUCCUGGUGGAUCAUGAACAACAACUGAGCCUGCCCUAAGCUGAGAGCCUUGCCUGCCUCCCUGACCUGCCUGGCCAGCUGUUGGGACGGUCCUUGGGGCACUGGGCCGCUUGCUUCCCAUGUCUCCAGCAGCAUAUUCUGUUGUCUGUAGCUUCGGUCUCAGGGUCCUCUGGCUUCCUCCGGGCUCAGGAGGCAUGGAUGCUGGUCGCUUCCGCCCUGCUUUGUGGUGUGACCCAGGGCAGGUCCCGUCCCACCUGGGCUGCCUGGCAGGCGUCCUGUGUUCCUCCUGCUGGCCAGGGGUCUGGCUUUUGCUUGUCCCCAGCCAGUAGCAGAGCCAGGGCUGAUGCUCAGGGAACUCCCAACCCCUCAUACCUCAUCCCGAGGCAGGACUGGAUCAGUCUGCAGUGUGGGGUAAGGACCCGGGUGUCCCCAUCACCUUCCUGGGCUGCCUCCAGACUUCCAGCACCCCUCUCUGCCACAGACACCUGCCGAGGAUGCUGGGUCGGACUGCAUGUUGUUUGCAUAGUAUUUGCAUGUUCUCACCCCACCCAUUUUCAGGGCACUGUGAGAAGCCCCUAGGUGACCUUGCCAAGUAGCAAUAAUUUGGGCCCAGAACUGCCUGCUGUCCUGAGACCUCUGAACCCCAGCCCAGGACUCCAACAGAGUCAAUAAAGGCAGCAGUCACCUGG